UACCUAUUUCCAGACCACACCCUCCUCACCUGUGUGCUUUCCUGCCUCUGCACCUUCUUUUCUCCUUUAUUCGGGCUGGCGAGGCUGAAAAAAAUCUGCGCAAUAAGUGGAGAGGGGAAAAAAAGGGUCAGAAGAUAAUGGUUGGUUUAAAAAAAAAAAGGACAUGAGUUGAUUGUAUUUCCUGGUAUCACUGUGUAACGAGGCGGGGGAAAAAAAUGAGAGACACUGGAGACGCAGCAGACAAUGCACACGCAAACAGCAAAUCUGAGAAGGACCAGAGCUGGAUCCCCAAAAUUAUCAAAAAAAGAAUUUGUUCCACCUUUGUAGAAGAUUCUUUCAGUAAUGGCGCUCUCUGUCAGUGUGGGGGGACGAGGGACACCCAUGCCUCUGUGGCUCUCGGAGACUUUUUCAGCACCGCCAUUGUCAACCGUUGGGACAGUGCCCAGCACUCCUCUGAGUGCCCGACGGAUGCCUUCGGAGAGUUGCAGUUUGCAGGGUCCAGCAAGAGACACAGCUAUUUCUUGCGUCUGUCAUGGGACACACCCCCGUCUAUGGUCUACACCUUAAUGACAGCCCACUGGGAUCUGCCUGCACCUAACCUGGUGGUCUCCGUAGUGGGAGGAGAAGGCAGGACGAAGGUGAAGACGUGGGUGCGUGAGGUGCUCAGGCAGGGACUGGUCAAAGCCUCACAAAGCACAGGAGCUUGGAUUCUGACAGCGGGUCUCCGAGAAGGGGUCGGGCGUUGCGUCGGAGAGGCGGUGAGGGAUCACGCCACCGCAGCGUCCUCUGUCUCCCUUAACAAGGUGGUGGCACUGGGGGUCGCUCCCUGGGGGUUCGUUCACAACCGGCAGCAGCUGGUCAAUCCGCAGGGCAGUUUUCCUGCCAAGUAUCACAUCCAAAACAUGAGCCGGGACUCUUGCUGCCUGGAUAACAACUACCAGGCCUUCCUGCUGGUGGAUGACGGGAGUGUGGGACGCAGAGGUGGAGAGACGGGCUUCAGAGCCAAAAUGGAGGACUACAUCUCCCACCAGCGCACGGGCAUUUGGGGCAGUGGAAGCAUCGACAUCCCUGUUCUAUGCAUGCUGGUUUCAGGUGGUGCCAGCCUGCUGGAGAGAGUUGAUCUGUCGCUGAAGAACUCCAUGCCUUGGUUGGUGCUGGCGGGCUCAGGAGGCAUGGCCGACUUCCUGAGCGACGUCCUGGUGAAUCUGUCAUCAGCGCCAGUCGCCCAGUCCUCCUGUGAGGGUGAUGCUGAAGCUACUCCCAGCAUGGACCUGAAAGACAGAGUUGCAGAACGGGUUCGGAAAUACUUCCCCUCUGAAGUGGAGACGGACAAACUUGUUGAGCGUGCUUUGAGCAUCUACAACAACAAAGACCUGAUCACCAUCUACCAUGGAGAGCAGGAGGGUCCCAAUGAAUUUGACACAGUCCUGCUCAAAGCUCUAGUGCGAGCAACUAAGCAGCGCGUGUCAGUGGAGCACAGCCCGUAUAAUGAAGAGCUGAAGCUGGCGGUCACGUGGAACAGGGUGGACAUCGCUAAGAGUGAACUCUUCAAUGGAGACAUCCAGUGGAGGUAUGAAGACUUGGAGGACUCCAUGACAGACGCCUUGAUCAACGACAAGCCUCAGUUUGUGCGCCUCUUCACCGAGAAUGGCCUUAACAUUGUGGACUACUUGACCUACGGCAGGCUGGAAAGCCUCUACAGAUCAGUGGCUGAUGGGACGCUUCUCUACCAUCUACUCCAGCGCCACCUAGUGGAGCGACUUCGUUCACCGCACUCGCAGGAUUCUCCUCACAAAGUUGCUGCUGAGAGCAUCCAAAGUGGACCGGCGACAGCGCUGAGCCUUUUUGAGGUUUUAAAAAAAAAAAAGAAAAAAGAACAGCUUCUGGAAAUGUGUUCAUACUAUUGUUUUAUGAAUUAUUCUUUUUUUCCUCAGGUGUCGAGAGUGCUUGAACUGCUGUUGGGGGACGUCUGCCAGCCUUUCUAUUUUGAUGUCUUGGGAUUGGAACAGAUCACAUCCAAGAGGAAGGCAAUGAAGCGUGCCAGUAAGCUGCUGCGUGGAGAUUGUUUGUAUCGAGAGAAACGCUGCUUCUAUCCCUGGGCUUCGCUCUUCAUCUGGGCUGUCCUCCAGAACCGCAGCGAGAUGGCAACUUUCUUCUGGGAGAUGGCAGGAGAGCCCGUGCUGAGUGCUCUGAGUGGAUGCAAGAUGCUGAGGGUGCUUUCCAAACUGGAAAUUGAGACUGAAACCAAACUUUCCAUGAAAGAGUUGGCCCAGAAAUUUGAGAACCUGGCACACGACGUCUUCAGCUCUUGUUACCGCAGCAACGAGAGUCGAUCCUUCACCCUCCUGAUCCGCAAAUCUCCGGUGUGGGGCGGCACCACCUGCCUCCAGAUGGGAAUGGGUGCAGACGCUCGGCUUUUCUUCAGCAAUGACGGAGUGCAGUCUCUGUUGUCCCAGAUCUGGUGGGGCGACAUGAAGAGGAACACAAAGGUGUGGAAACACAUCCUCACCUUCUUCUGCCCCAUUCUCUGCUACACCAAAUUGAUUUCCUUCAGGAACCAAGAUGACUACCAGCAAGAUGGGGACGCAAAGCCCGGCGACGAUGGCUUGGGUCGAGACAGUGACAGCCUCUACGGCACCACCGUCUUCUCAUUCUCCGACAUUAAGCACAUUGAAGCAGAUGCACAAGGAGUAUACACUCCCAGGACAGCGACCAUCAGAGGCAUACCUCACAAGUUGAGACCUCCAGAGCGGCCUUUUAUCGUGUCAAGAUGGCGUCAAUUCUGGUUCGCGCCCGUCACGUCCUUUUUGGGCAACGUCCUUAUGUACUUCCUCUUCCUCCUGCUUUUUGCGUAUGUGCUGCUGGUGGACUUUAAGCUCCCGCCAUCCGAUGGUCCCUCCAUUACUGAGCUAGUGCUGUACUUCUGGGUGUUCACCAUCGUGUGCGAAGAGAUCCGAGAGACCUUCUUCUUAGGUACGAUGACUUUGCGCCAGAGGGUCAGGGUCUACAUUCAAGAUGUGUGGAACAAGUGUGACCUCAUCGCCAUCAUCCUUUUCGUCAUUGGACUAGUGUGCAGGAUGUUUAAGCCGACCUAUGAAUUAAGCCGGGAUGCUCUGUGCCUGGACUACAUGGUCUUCACCCUUCGCCUCAUUCACAUCUUCGCCAUUCACAAACAGCUGGGACCAAAAAUCAUCAUAGUUGGAAAGAUGAUGAAGGAUGUCUUCUUCUUCCUCUUCUUCUUAAUGGUGUGGCUAAUGGCAUACGGAGUGGCAAAUCAGGCUCUGAUAUACUCCUACGACCCCAACCUGGAUCGCAUCUUCCGCCGGGUUUUCUACAGGCCGUACUUGCACAUUUUUGGACAGAUCCCCGUCGAAGAAAUGGACGUGGGAAAGAUCUGGGACAUGCCGUGCACCAGCAAUGAGACGCUGAUUAACGAGGGUGCGGAGCCGUGUCGGACUAUGUACACUAACUGGCUGGUGGUAAUCCUGCUGGUUGUUUACCUGCUGGUCACCAACAUCCUGCUCAUCAAUCUUCUCAUCGCAAUGUUUAGCUACACCUUCUCCGAGGUGCAGGCCAACAGCGACAUUUACUGGAAAUUCCAGCGCUACAACCUCAUCGUUCAGUAUCACUCGCGUCCUUCGCUGGCGCCGCCCUUCAUCAUCCUCUCUCACAUCAACCUCUUUAUCAAGAGGAUUAUCCGCAAAGUGCCCUCGGUCAAGGUUCACCACUUUGUGUUGAAGUUAAAGGGGAAGGCGGCGAACAAGCUGAUGACCUGGGAAACCAUUCAAAAGGAGGACUUCCUCACCGCUCAGAGCAAGAUCCAGAAGAGCAGCGACUCGGAGAGGCUCAAGCGCAUGUCUGCCAAAGUGGAUGGGGUGAUGAAACAACUGACUGAAAGCAGGGACUUGGACCACAGGCUGAGGGCUUUGGAAAGUGAGAUGGAGUAUUGCUCCAAUGCUCUGAGCUGGAUUGUUGAUACUUUGGCUCAAGGCAGCUCCUUCAAACCUCCACGGCCUCCCCCGACAUUAAGAGAUGCAUUCCCGUCUUCUUCUAGCUCUUGAUAACACAACUUUGGUGAGGGCUGAGAGACUGAGAUUUUUUUUAAUUAUUUUAUUUUUAUUCUUUUUUUACCUUGGCUGUUGCCAUGCCAUAUGUACAUUUUCAGACUUGCCAGACUGUGUUAUGACUGGCUUCAACAGUACAAAGAAAAACAGCUGUUACAUUGUCACGGUGUUGAUGAGUACAACAUGUACAGUACCGGGAAAUGCUUUUUAAAAGGUCAUUUCAUGUUUGCUCCUCAAAUGUUUUAUAUUUAUAUUUUUCCAUUGCACAAUGUAUAAACAGUAUGUAACACUUGAAAAAUGGUUUGACACAGGGGGUGGGGCUAAAUGUAUUGCAUGGUAACUAAUUGUUUACAUUCAUUGCUGAAUUAUUUGUUACAUUUUGGAUGGAUUCUCACUUUACUCUUUUUACUGCAGUGUGAAUAAAAUAUGUGCACAUUUACAA